AUGGCUAAUACCCCUGUUCCAGUAUUCCUAAUCAACCUUAUAGCUCUGUCAGCUUCAAUAUUAUUCUCUGUCAUAAUCAAUCCCUCCGGCGCCGUGUUCGUGAGCAACAGCGUAAGAAUCUUCCCAGCCUUGAAGAAAAACUGUUACACCAUCCCAGUUGACAAAGCUGGCCAAAGAAUUCUGGUUCGAGCAAGUUUCUUUUAUUGGGGCUUUUAUGUUAAUAAGACUUCUCCCACCUUUGAGCUCCAGUUUGACGAUGAUCAGAUCCCAUUCAUUUCUGCACUCGAAAUUCGAAGCUUGGAUUUCAAAAUGUACAGCCAUGUCGAUCCCAAGUAUGCUCUUCUGUUGGCAAAUAGGUUUUAUGAUGGUGGAAAUCAAACUCUCAGGUAUCCAGAUGAUGCAUAUGAUCGAAUUUGGGUGCCGCAGACUGGUUUUGGAUCAAUUACUGUGAGCGUGAAAGGUAACGGUGGGAGCAGGCUUCCAGACGAUAAGAACGUACCAAUUUACAUCACAACUUACUUUUCUGAAGUUGACAAAACGAUCAAAAGAUCCCUACAAUUUUCGAUAGACAGCAAGCCUUAUGAUCGACCUGUGGUUCCACCUUUUGGAAGCGUAGCCGUAGCGUACAUUACCAACAUGACGGCAUCUUCUAACACUAGUUUCAGCAUACAGGCAGCUGCUGAUUCCUCGAUUCCUCCCCUCAUCAAUGCCUAUGAAGUUUAUACCAUCACUGGACCUCUAGCACAAGCAACCAACUCUAAAGAUGGUACAUCGCUAAUUCGUUUCAACUGCGGCAUAUGUAACUGCAUAAUGGUUUAUGGUAUGGUUUAG